AUCUCAUUAUCAUGGCCACUGAACUACCCACAAAACUCGAAUCCGAUAUGACGUCAGCACCGGCUCCAGUUCCGGAGAAGAUUGAGGCGCCGCUGGACCCUCCGGUUGUACCGGAAACGAAAGCGGAUGAUCCGAAGCCACUUGCAGUUGUUGAAAGUAUACUUUUCCUCUCAUUAUUCUCCAUAUUAGUUAAUCAUAAUUUAUAAUUAGGUUAAAUUACUAAUUACUAAUUUGCAAUUAGAUUUGACAGCAGUAUGUUUGAUUGAAUUUGAAUUCAUUUAGCUCUAGCUUUUUGAUAUGUUGAUGGCCACUAGAAGGUGCUUCACUGUAAUGGAUUCUCAACAAAUAAGAUGCUUAUGUUCUGUUGGUGUUUGUUUGUUCCUUACCUUUUGAAAAAAAAAAAGGAUUAAUUCUAUAUUCUAAAAUUGAUUUUUUAAAAGGUGAUAUUGCUAUUUGCCCCACAAAUUAGUCCUUAUUGCAUUUAAAUAAUGGAGGAAUAUGUUGGCAUUAUAAACAGUGAUCUUUGUUCAUUAUUGUGUUAGCAUAUUGAGAAAGAAGUAGAAACUUCUAGUGUUACUUGUUGUGAUUGUCAGUCAUGGCUCUUGUGGCUAAAGCUCCUGCUGAGAAGAAAGGUCCAAAGAGCUCUCUUGAUAGAGAUGUUGCGUUGUCUGAGAUUGACAAGGAGAAGAAAUUGUCUUUCAUCAAGGCGUGGGAGGAAACUGAAAAGAGCAAGGCGGAAAACAAGGCACAGAAAGAGCUGUCCGCUAUAACUGCAUGGGAAAACUCAAAGAAAGCUGAUAUUGAAGCUAAAUUGAAGCAAAUCGAGGAGAAAUAUGACAAGAAGAAAGCAGAAUACGGGGAAAAGAUGAAAAACAAAGUUGGUUUGGUUCAUAAACAAGCAGAAGAAAAACGAGCGAUGGUUGAGGCUAAGAAAGGUGAAGACAAGUUGAAAGCAGAGGAAUUGGCUGCCAAAUAUCGUGCUACUGGCACCGUUCCAAAGAAGCUAUUGGGUUGCUUUGGAGGUUAAAAAGCAUUUAGAAUCUAGCAAGAUUGUGUGAAGACCUCAACCUCAAAGUUUAAAACAUCUUCGUAAGUUUCUUUUAUGUUUGUUGGUCAUUCGAAGUUCGUUUGUUUUUUUUAUGUUGUAUAGGAAGAACAAACAUAGUUGUUUUGUGGCGAAUUGCGUAACUAUAUAUAAUUAUAUAUUAUAUGAAGUUUACUUCAGCA